AUGGUGUAUGCAAUUAUUCUUAAAAAUGAAAACAUACAUAAUAUUGCACACACAAAUGGUGAGAACGAAAACGAUAGUAACGUCGCAAAUAUCGAUCAAACAAAUGGUAAACAAGCAAAUAAGCUAACCUUUUUAAACACAAAGAUAAAUACAACGGAUAAAAAGGGGGAUAGCAAUACAAAGAAUGUGAAAAAAAACAAUUACUCAAUAUUAGAUUAUUUCGAUUUGAAGAGACAAAAAAAACAAACAGUUGAUAAUGAUAAAAAAUUUAAUUUAUUCAAUAAUUUGGAUGAUGAUAAAAAUAAUUACCUAAAGAAAAAUUUUAAGGAUAAUUUCUUUAAUCCACAAAUCAAAGAAAGUAGUAAUUCGAAACACAGUGAUAUUUUAUUACAAUAUAUUGCAUAUAUAUAUGAAAAGAAAAAACGAGACCCCAAAAAUAUUAAGGAACAUAUAUUAAAAUUAUUGAUAUUAUUAAAAAAGAGAGACAUAUAUUUAAAAAAAUAUUGUAAAAAAGUGUAUCUUUCUGAAUUAAUCAAAAAAAAUAAUAAAAUAAAAAAUGGAAAGAAAAGUAAUAAUGAAUGUAAUGUACUAGAAGAUAUUAAUGAAAAAUUAUAUAUAAAUAAUAUAUAUAAUAAAAAAAUUAAAAAUGUCAAAUUUUAUUCAAAUAUAAUAAAUAAUACAAUAUAUGAAUAUAAAAUAACAUAUUGCAAAGAAAACGAGUUAAUCAGUUUUCAUUAUUAUGAUGGUUAUAAAAAAUCUUAUAAAAUUUCUAAUAACACUUUUUUUUAUUUAACACCUAAUGAUAAAAGCAUUUUUUAUGAUUGUUCUGAUAGUAAUAAUAGACAAAAUGAAGACAACACUUGUUUACCUUGUCAUAGUCCUCCACAUAUUUACACAUUUCAAAAGAAUUUUGAUAACAAAUUUAGGAUAGAAAUAAUUGACACACAAAAUAAAAGAAGCAAUAUAGAAUUUUUUAUUGAUCAUAAGCCCAUUCGUGUGUUUUGCAAUAAAGAUUAUUUAUUUUUUGUAAAUGUGAUAAACAACUUAAAAAAUCUAAAAUAUUUUUCAUAUUCAAUAGUCUAUACUGACGAAAACGCUAACAAUGAUAAUAAUACAAAUAACAGUUAUAGUAGUAGCAAUAAUGAUGAUGCUAAAACUAAUUUUCAAAAUAAUGUCAAUCGAAACUAUGGAAAAAAAAUAAGAAUUGUUUACACAUCACCAGUUCAUCCAAUUUAUUCAAAUGUUAUUGUUAAUAAAAACAGUUAUAAAUUUUUUAAAAAAUGCAAAUAUUUUUAUGAAAAAGAACAAAUUUUUAUGUGGACAGAUGAAUUUAUUAACUUUUCACCUGAACAAGACAGAUUAAAUAUAAUCCCAAAUAUGAACAUUAUACACAUUAAUUCAAAUACAAACUUAUGUAUUGCAUUUGAAGAAAUUACUGAGACAUAUUUUUUUUUUCAUAUUUUAUAUGAUAUAAAAAAAUAUAAUGAUAAAUAUUUAUAUAAUUAUUUUAAAAAGGAAAAAUUAAAUAAAUUUCUUAUUUUUCAACAUUUUUUAAGUAUAAAAAAAAAUAACUUUUUUUGUCAAGGUCAAAAAUUAAAAAAUAUUAAUUUUAACACAGAGAUAUAUAAGCCACAAUUUGUUUUUAUCCCAGGAGGUAAUAAAAGUAUCUACAGUAAAAUUAAAUUAUGUUUGUAUGAUAAUAUUAAUAAUUUAUUGUUUCUUAUACCUAUAUAUCAUAAAUAUGCCAAGGAUAAAAUUAAAAUUAUAAAAAAUGUAUUAAAUUUUAGCACAAUAAAUAUGUCCCAAGAAUUUUCAACAUUUAAAUAUUAUCCAUAUAAUAUAUGUGCAUAUAUAAAUAACCAAAUUAAUACUACUAAUUUAAAAUGUCGAAAUAUUCCUAUGACUCUGGAAGAAAAUAUUAUUAAUGUCUCGACUUCUUCGAAAAGGCAUUCCUAUUUAAGAAACUUAUUAAAUACCAAAAUGAACAUGUUCAAAAAUAAAGAAAAUAUUAAAUAUGAAUAUAAUAAUUUUAUAAAAAAAAAUCAAUUAAAUAACCCUUACAUUCUUGAUAUAAACAAAUUAAAUCAUUUCAUUAUUAUUCUAAAUACAAAUGGAAUUUUAUAUUUGCUUUCUGACGAUGUAUAUAUCUCUACUAUUCAUUUAUAUAAAGACGUAUCUAGUAGUUAUGCUACUUCCAACAUAAAUAAUAAUAGAGAUAUUCAAUCUUGUGAAGACCCUAAUUUUCCUGAUGAGCAAGUAUAUAACUUACACAAUUCAAACCUUUGCAAUAUAACAUUAGACACUGUAAAUUUUUCAAAAAAUAAUAAAAUAUGUUUUAAUUCUUAUAGAGUCCAUAUUGAUAUAUUACCAAAAAACCAAACAUUAAAAAUACUUUUAACUUUUUUUUAUUACUACAUAUGCAAAAAAAUAUGUCUUGAAUUUUUUAUCAUAUGUCUUCAUGAAUGUAAAAAAAUAGAAGAUGACACAAAUAUUUUUCGCUUUAUAAAUAUUGAUAUAUACUUUUUUGGUGAUGAUAAAAAUUUAGAUAAUAUGAAUAAAUUUCCUCAUUAUAAAAAUAUUGUAGAAGAAGAUGAAAAUAUAAAAAUAAACGAAGAAAUAAAUCAUAUAAAAAAUAAAGAAAAUGAAUUCUCAGAAUUAAGCAAAUGCAAAUUGAAUGAAAAUAACAAUAAUGACAAAAAUACAAAUCUCGAUGAUGGUACUAAUGAUAAACUUAAUAAUUCAUCACAUACAUUAAAUUCAAAUAUGGAUAUAAAAAAUAAAAGUCUAAAUAAUCAAAUGGCUAAGUUUAAAAUAUUAAAUACUAAUUUUUUUGAUGUUGAAAAUAUGGGUCAUAUAGAAUUUUGUCGAUUUAUUUAUUUUUUUAUGUUAAUUUGUGUAAAUGAUAUUAAAACAUAUCGUAAAUUAGAAAAAUAUUUAUAUAUAAAAAAAAAAAAAUAUAUAAUAGAAACUGAAUAUAGCCAAAUCCAUUUCAAUUGUUUUUCAUUUAAUUCGGAAACAGAUACAGAUAUCGAUAAAAAGAAUGACGAAAAAAAUGAAAUUCACAAAAAUUGUUUUACUGAAAAUAACUCAAAUAAUUUGGUAUUUCAAAAUUCGAUUAAUAAUAAUUCUUGCAAUAAUUUAGAAGAAAUGACAAGUCAGUCUACCAGUACCGACGAACAUGAUAGCAGCUCAACUUGCGCAAGUUUUAAUGACACACAUAAACAAUAUACCAAAAAAAAUACAGUUAAAACUACUUGGAACAAUUUUGAAUCAUAUAAUUAUUAUAAUGUCAUAAAUAAUUUUAUAAAAUAUGUACAUAUUAAGUAUAAACAUAUAUAUAAUAAUAAAUACUUAAUAUUAACAUAUAUGCAUUUAUAUUUUGAUGAAAUAAAUUUAUCAGAAUAUAUAAAUCAAAAUAUCAAAGAUAAUAUUAUUUUAAUAAUUCUUAUUAUAGCAUAUACAUUAAAUUUAUAUAAUUUUAUGUUUCAUUAUUUCAACAAAUUCAGUGAUCUCAAAAAAAAAACAUUUAAUUCUUUUUAUAUACACAUUUGCAAAAAAUAUUAUAAGCAUGAGUUAAUAAAACGAUGUUAUUUUUUGGAAGAAAAAUCUGAGGAAAAAUCCGAGGAAAAAUCCGAGGAAAAAUCCGAAGAAACACAAUUUGAUGCAAUCGAAUAUGAAUGUUUAAUAAAAAAAAAGGAAAACGUUUCAGAUAAAUGGAAACUUGAUACACAACCAAAUAGUGACCACAAUUAUGACGAAAAUUUACAUAAUCACAGUUCUAUUAAAAAUCUGACUAAAGAAAAUAUAGCUAUCAGUAAAGAUACAAUAAAUUCAAAUGAACAAAAUGAGCAAAAUGGGCAAAAUAAACAAAAUGAACAAAAUGAACAAAAUGAACAAAAUGAACAAAAUGGACAAAAUGAACAAAAUAAUAGUAACACGUUAAGCAAGGAAAAUGAAUACAAAAUAUAUGACAAAUAUAAAUUUCUAAAUAAUUAUCUAAAAAAAGUAUAUCUAGAAUUAAGUGAAAUUCCUAACACCUUAAACAUAAUAUAUAAAAUUGUUCCUAAUAAGGAAGGGGAAUAUAAAGAUAAUAUAAAAAAAUCUACAAUGGAUUAUUUUUUUCUACAAAAUAUGGAAUAUCCUUCCAAAAAAUUAAAACUAAAAUAUGAAUAUUAUAUAAGAGAAAUAGAAAAAAUUUUUAACAUUAUAAUAAAGAAAAAAGGAGUUAAAAAUAGUGAAAAUUGUUAUAAAACAGAAAAUGAAAACAUAAAUAAUAUCAAAGAUUGUUUCAAAAAUUUUCAAUCAUUUAAAAAAUCAAUACUUUGUAAUGAACAAGUUAAAUUUUUAUACUAUUUUUAUCCUUUAUUUUUCCCAUUAAAAAAUUUAUUAAUUAUUUCUUAUAUGAAUUUAUUUUAUGGUCAGAGUUUUAAUCAAAGUAUAAUUAAUGAUAGUCUUUUAAGAAAUAUAAUUAAAAACGAAUUAGACAUAUUAUACAUACCUCAUUUUAAUUUGGAUUUUAUAGACAAUAACAAAAAUUCGAUCAUAUCAACAAAAAAUAUUAUUUCAAUUUCAAAAGAAUCAAAUUUGUCUUCUCAUGAUAAAUGCACACCUCAAAGGGAAACUAUUAAAAAAAAUAAAAAAUAUAAAAAUAUUAAAAAUAUUAAAAAUUUCAGAAAAGGAAACAAAGUUAAAAAAGAUGCUCAUUGUAAAGAAGUAAAUAGUGAAAGAAAAAAUUUAUCCAUUAAAAAAAUGACAAAUAAAGAAUUUCAAAAUAAUAAUAGUGAAAAUAAAUACAAAAUAGGGGAAAAUGGUAUUAAAAACAAAAAUUCAAUGCGUUCCAUAUAUUCUGAAACACAUUCUGAAUAUACAUAUAAUGAAGAAGAUCAAAAUCAAGAUAUAAAUUUUUAUAAAAAAAAAAUUAAUUUUUACACAUUUAAUAUAAAAUGUUUUGAUUCUAUAAACAUAGUUAACAUAGAUAUUGUAAGUAUACCACUAAAAUGCAUAUAUUAUGAAAAUUUAUAUUUUUUGAAUAAAUAUGUGCAACUUUUUUAUUCCCUUCUUUUUAAUACGGAUUAUUUAUACAAAACAAGAGGUACAGCCAUCAAAGAAAGAAAAGUAUUAAAUAAUGGUCGAUCUAUAGACAAUAAAACAAUAUGUAUUGACUACAAAAGUGAUUCACAAUUUUUUAAACAAGAAACAAAACAAAAAACUGAAAUAGACAAUAGGAAUGGAAAUAGUUCCAAAAAUAUAUCGAAUCCUUUAGAAAAUAUAAAUUUCUCAUCACCCAUGAACAUACUUAAAUUUGCAGGAUGUUACGAAAUAUUUAAUUUUCAAAACGAACUUUUUUAUGUUAAUAUAAAAAGAGAAGACCUUUUCUUUAACAAAUGCUUUGACUCACCAAAUAUGCAAUUAAAAACUAAUUUUUUUAAAAUUAUAGAUAUAUUAGAUAAUGGAAUUAAUAUUAAUAAUACUAAUAUGUUUAUGUAUUAUACUGAUGCAUAUAUUGAAAGAAAAAAAUUAUAUAUGAAGAAAAAAAGAAAUAGAAGAAAGAAAAAAAAGAAUAAAGAUGAUCAAAUAAGCGAAAUAGAUGAUGAUGAAAAAAAAAAAAUAAGCAAACAAAAAAGAACAGAAAACUCAUAUAAUAAUAACAAUAAUGAUGGUUGUGAUAAUGAACUAUGGAAUUAUAAUAAAAAUCAAAAUGAAGAUGAUGAUAAAAGUAGUGUAUAUAAAAAAAAUCGAAUAAUACAAAAAAGUUAUUUAAGUGAAUAUAAAAUUUUAAAAGAUUGUUGCUUUUUUUUUGAUACAUUUAAAAUGGAUAGAAAUAUAUCUUCUUGCUAUUUUCCACAUAACAAAGAUCAUGUUUUAGUUUAUUUAAAUAAUUUUCAUAAUUAUUAUUUUUCUAAAUAUUAUAAAAAGAGAAAAGUACAUUUAUUAAAAAGUAGAGAUGGAAAAAUACAAAAUCGACCAAUCAAUAAUCUCCUUGGAAAUGAGGGUUUGUCCAGUUUAUGGGGAACUAACCAAAUUAAAGAUGAUGAUAAUUAUUCCGACACAAAAAAUGAAGAUUUAAUUGAUUUAAUAGAUAUUGGAAAUAGUUCAGACAGUUUAGAAAGUGCAUAUUUACACAAACAUAAAUAUAAUAAAAAAAAUGUAAAUAAAUAUAUUAAACAAAUUAUUCAAUUAGUUGAAUUAAAUAAAUUAGAAAAAAAAAAAAUAUUAAUAGAUAUAAAAAAUGAUAAAAGUUUAGAUAACACAUUAGGCUUAAUGCAUUUAUAUUAUACAUUAGAAAAAUUUUAUAAAAUGAAAUAUAUAUGUAUGCUUAAUAUUAGUGGCAUCAAUUUUUUUAAUAUAAUAAAUUCAGUUCAUUAUAAACCUGAUAUUAAUUUUACUAUUAAAUAUAGUCUAUAUGUAUAUUUAUUUGAUUCGAAAAACCAUCAAAGUAUAUUAAGCAGUGCAUCUAUGAACCCAAAUGAUAAUUUUUCAAAUAAUAUUAUCUCAUCUCGAGGAUAUAAUAGAGAUAUAUCAGAAGAUAUUAAUAAUAAUCGAAGUAGUUAUAAUAGUAGAUAUAGUUUUAGAAACUCAUUUAAUGAAUCGAGCUAUUUAUCCAAUCCUCGUUUUUCACGGGAUCAAUUUAAUAAUUAUGUUAACUCGAUUGCUAGACGAGAUAGUAACAUAGCAAUAAACCCUUUCAAUAAUAAUAAUAAUAUAGAUCCUGAUUCGAGAGGAUAUAGAACCCAACGAGGAAAUCAUAAUAAUGAACAUCUACGAACUGAAAAUGCUUAUAACUCUAUUUAUAUGUCAAGAAAUGCAGAUUUCCGAAAUAAUAACACACAUAGAAAUUAUGAUGAAUAUGAUAUGAAUAAUAAUCAAAAUAGAAGAUUGUAUACAGAUACAUUUAACGAAUCAUCAGAAGUUACUAUGCUAAAUAGAAGAAUAAGAGAGUUUAACAAUUAUUGGAAUUCGGAUAGUCCAAAUGUAAGAGAAAAUCAAACUCAAGAAAAUGAUGAUAAUUCUAGAAUAGAUACAGGAAAUCGAUUUCCUAAUAAUCAAAUUAAUGAGCCUCUUGAUGAUGAAAUUGAUACUUUACAUCCUAACAGACAAAAUCAAAUCUUCAAUACAAGUCCAAAUGGUGUGAGUCCAAAUAACGAAAAUGAAUUAUUAAAUUAUAAUCAAAAUAGAAAUUCAAUUCGUAUCUCAAAUAGAAUUUCAAAUAGAGAUUCAUCGAAUUUUAUGCAAAAUUUAAAUGGUAAUAAUAAUAUAAGCGAAUAUUAUAUAGAUGAAAAUAUUAGAAGAAAUGAAAUGCAAAGCAGAAAUAGUAAUAAUGUAGAUCGAAAUGAUAUGAACGAAUCAGAAUAUAACUCUUUAUAUAGCUACCCACAUUUUAGAAACAAUUCAAUAAAUUUUACUAGAGAUCUUGUAUCCUUUACAUUUAAUACACAUCAUAAUACACAACAUAGAUCUAAAUUAGAAAGAAUCAAAUGUUCUUAUAAAAAAAGGAAUAAAAAAAGAAUUAAUAAAAUAAAAUUAAAAAUAAACAGUAUAUUAAAUUCAUUAAAUGUUCAUAUGAAAACCGAUAAAAUGGAAAAAACAUUUACUUUAAAUAAAUAUAUUAAAAAAUUAAAUACAUAUAAAACAAUUUUAAGAAAUUUUAAUACAAUUACAACAAAAAAAUUAAAAAAUAAAAUGGGAAUUUCAACGGGUUCAAGAAGUAGUUUUUUCUUAGAUAAUACUAUUACUACAUUAAAUAAUAAUAGUAAUAAUAAUCGUGAAAAUAUUAAUGAAAAUCAAAAUUUUAGUGGCCAAAGAGAACCUAUGAUAAAUGAUCAAACACAAAAUAAUGUCAAUAGGGUAGAAAAUAGUAGAUCUUCUUCAUCUGUUUCGUCUUAUUCAAAUAUAGAAAGUGAAAAUCAUAGCCCAAACAAUAGAAAUAAUUAUAACAUACCAUCUAGAAAUAUAAAUUUAGACGAAAAUGAUAGAAACAUAAAUAAUACAAGUAAUGAACUGAAUUUGGGGAAUACAAACUUGAACGGAAAUUAUCUAGGAAGAGAUAAAAUACAAAAUCAAACAUUUUCUCCAAUUAAUAAUUCUUCAAUAUAUAAUAAUGAUAAUUCUUCAAAUGAUGAAUAUUAUUCUAGUAAUUUUUUAUACACACCUAAUAAACCAUUAAAUGAAUAUACAGAAAACGAUAAAAUCAAUGAUAUAUCUUUUUAUAAUGUUUAUAGAAGACCUAGUUUAAAUCUAUAUUAUAAUGGAAAUUCUAGAAUGUCAAAUAAUAUAUAUAGUAGAAGAAGUAGCUAUUAUAUAAAUAAUGAAAUAGAUGAAAGUUCUACAUCUAUUCAGCAAUAUGAUAGACAAAAUAGCUAUCUUCUAAAUAAUGAUAUCAGGAGAAAUAGUAUAUUAGCAGAAUUAAAUAUGUACAAUAGAGGAAAUAAUAAUGAUGAUUCAUAUGAAAGUAUAAAUUAUGGAUAUCAACAUCGUUUAUCAGGAAAUAGUAUAUUAAGUAGAAGAAAUAUGCCAAUAUAUAAUGAUGAAGAUUUAAGAAGACAACGAAAUAAUUUAAAUGAAACCAUAUCUAGUUAUACAGAUACUAUACCAGAUGAAAAUGAUAAUUAUAGAUAUUAUAAUAACAAUAUUAAUAAUAAUAUAUAUGGAAUUAAUAAUUUAAAAUAUAAAUUAAAAAAAAAACUUGAUUAUUAUGAUUUUUCAUUUGAUAAAGAACAAUCUAUAAAAUACAAUAAUUUUGUCAAUGGAAAAAUAAGAAAUGAAUUAAAAUUACAUUGUUCUAUUUGUCAAACUAUUUUAUAUAAAAAAUAUGAUGAAGUAGAUAAAAAAAAAAAUUUAGUUUUAUUAAAAAUAAUAAAUAAUGAAAAUUAUUUAUAUAAAUUUUUUAAUAAAAAUUAUAAAUAUUGUGGUGUCUAUUAUUUAGCUGGUUUAAUUUUUGGUUUAGGAUUAUUACAAUUUUUUCAAAAUGUUAAUGUUUCUUUAUUUUUACAAUAUAUAUUAAAAUUUAAAAAUAGAAGCUUAUAUAUUUGUUCUAUCUUGGGUUUAUCUCUUUCUUUAAUAUCAUCACGAAAUAUAGAUCUCACAUUUGUUUGUAUUAAUUUUUUAUUUAAAGAAUUAUAUGGAACUCAAAAAAUUAAAUAUCAAAAUUUACUGAUUCGUUGUCUGAAUACAAAUAUGUGUAAAAUAGAUGUAUAUGAUGAUUAUGAUACCAAUAAAGCCACUUUUCAAAACAAAAGAAUCAAACAAAGAAAUUUUUACAAAUCUAAUGAAAUAGGCACAAAUAUUGAAGAUUUUAGAAAUAAUAAUUGCAAAAAUAUAUAUAUGAAUAAUUCAGAUUGUUUUAAUUUCUUAUAUGCAUAUGAUAAUGAAUUAUCUGACCAAACAACAUCAACAGACCAUAUCUCUACUGAUACUUCAAAUAUGUCAAAAAAUUUAAAUAUAGAUAAUACAAACGAUUUAAAUGACCAAAAUGAUUAUCAAAAUCGUCUACAAAAUUUAGAGCAUCAAAACUCUCGCCUAUCGCACCAAAACUCUCGCCUAUCGCAUCAAAACUCUCGCCUGUCGCAUCAAAACUCUCGCCCUUCGCAACAAAAUUAUAUUAAUAAUAAUUCUGAACAAAAUAAUACAAAUCUAAAUCAACAAAACAAUUCUAGCGUUAACAAACAUGUCGAACCCAAUGAUCAAUAUAAGCGAGCUUCACAAAAUGGUAAAAAAUCUAACUCCAUCCAAAAGUAUAUGAAAAACGAAUUAAAUAUAUAUAAUGAUGAUAAUGAUGAUGAUGAUAAAGAAUUAAAUGAAUUUGCUAAAAAAUAUGACAAUAUAGAUGAAAUAUAUUCUCUCCUUAAUGUGUCAAUGCAUGAAUCUGAUUUUUCUGAAAUGUCUCCAAAAAAGAAGAUUGGAGAAUCAGGGCAAUUAUACAUUGGAAAUGAUGAAAAAAAUUCAAAUAACAUAAAUAGUCAAAAUAAAAAUAUUGCUGAUUCAAAUGUACAAAAUAAUGGAAACAAUAGUAAUAAUCGUCGAAUGGAAUAUGAGUAUAAAUGGAAUUUACUUAAAAGAUAUGAAGAAUUAGACAGAAUAAAAAAACAAAAAAAAAAAAAAAAAACACAUUUAGAUAAUCUUGUUUUUAGUAGUAAUAUAUUAUGUUUAGGUUAUUUACAUAUGAAUAGCAAUAAUGAAAGUUUAAUAAAAACAAUUUUUAAACUUUUACAAAAAAGAGAUUUAAAUAAAUUAAAUUUGUUAUGUAUAUUUUGGGCAAUUGGAUGUAUAAAUUUUAAAAAGGGUAAUAUAUUUAAUAAUUUAAUUAGCUCUUUAUUUUAUUUUAUUAAUGCAAAUAUACCAUUUAAUAUACAUAAAAAUAGCUUUAUAAAAAAUUAUUCACUUAAAUAUUUAAAUAUUGAUGGUAUAUCAUAUAACUUAAUGCAUAUGAUUAUAUCAUCAUCUAUUUCAGUCUCUUUAUGUUUUUACAAAACUAAUAAUAUUCAUGCAUUUAACAUGAUUUUUAUGCCUAUCAAAUUUGAUCAUAUAUAUUAUUUUAAUAAUUAUGAAAUUAUGGUUAAAUCAUUUGCAAGAAAUAUGAUUAUCUUUGAUUUUGUUGAUUUAUCCCAUGCAUAUAUUUUAGCAAAUAUUCCUAAAUUUUUAAGAAUACUUCCUAAUGAUUUAAAUAGAAAUAAAAAAAAUCAAUUACCAUAUAUUCAUUUAAUUGAUGAAAAAGGAAAUUUUAAAGAUCCCGAUUUAGAAAAUAAAUAUUUAUUAAAAAAUGGACACUUAAAUUUACAACACCUUUUUGUUUCCAAUCAAAUAAAUAAUGCAAACAAAUAUUUAAAUCAAGAUGGAUACUAUUUCACUUUUGAUCAAAAAAAAGGAAAUUUUAACUGUUUUAACAAUCGAAUAAAGCAUGAUGACAAUAUUUCAAAUAUCCAUUAUUUUUUUCAUGGGUAUAACUAUAAUAUGUUCUCAGAUAAUACACAAAAUAAUGAAGAAAAUAAUAAAACUAGUAACGAUGUUAUCAAAAAUGAAACAAAAAAUUGUCAAAAAAAUGAUGAAGAAAAAUUGCUAAAUAAUUAUACUUUUAUUUAUAAUUGUGAAAUAUUACGAUAUUAUAUCAUCAUUGGGGUUUUGCAAGUACUUAGUUUAAAAUAUCUGUCAACACAUCAUGAUACACUCAAAAAAAUAUGCUUUGAUUAUAUUUAUUAUUUUGAAAAUAUUAAUAAAGAUAUAUAUUUAAAAAACAAAAUUAAAAAAUUAUAUAAAAAAAUUAAUUAUUUAGUACAAAAAAUUAAUCACAAUCUUGGUAAUCAAGACAAAAAAAAAAAAAAAAAAAAAAAAAAAAAACAACUCUCAUAUAAAUAUAAUCCCAAUACUUAUUCAAAAGGUCAACAAAAUAAUCAUUUGCAAAAUGAUAAUGAAAAAUCGAUAUAUUCAGAUAAUUCAAUAUUAAAUUGCAACAGUAGUAGUGAUAAUCUAUCCCCCACAAAAAAUAAAAAAGGAAACAAAAAUGAUCAAAAUAUAGACAAAACCACUUCUUAUUUUAAUCAGUAUAAUGAAGAAGAAAAUCCAUCAGAUUAUAAUAAUAAUAAUAACAAGUUUGAAAUUGACAAUAAUUUUUAUAAUUUUAUUGCAGAUAUAAAUUUUAAUAAUUCAUCAUCAAGUAAUGAUUUGGAAUCAUCCAAAAAAAGUAAAAACAACAAAAAAUCGAGAACAAAUUCAAGCAGAGACGAAAACGAAUAUGACAAUAUACGUUUCCAAUUAAAUAAUGGGGUUUACCCUAAUGAUGAUAAUCCACAAUCUGACAUAUCUCAGUCAAAAAAUAAAAAUAAAAAUAAAAACAGUUACAGAGAUAUGAAAAAUAAUAAUGGUGUCAUUAUCAAUGAUAACAAAAAUAAUGCAUCAACUUAUUCACACAUAUAUAAAUUAAUACUAAAAUAUGUUAAAGAAAUUAAAAAAAUCAAAAAAUAUUUGGAAAAUUCUUAUGAAACGAUAAAUAUGCCCAAUACUAUAAUCGACAAAGAAACAUAUUUAAAAGAAUUUUUUAAAACUGAAGAAAUCAAAAAACAAAAAAAAGAAAUAAAUGGAGAUUAUAUUUGUACAAUAAAAGAAGAUGAUGUAAAUGAUAUAAUCAAUUUAAUGUAUCAAUGUCUAUCUUUUACUUUUGUUGGAAGUUGUGAUAAAAUGUUAAAUAAAAAAAUAAAAAAAAAAAUUAAUAAUUUAAUAAAUAUUAGGGAUAAAAAUGCAUAUAAUUUAUACUAUUAUUAUUUAGGUUACAUAAAUUUAGGAUCUGGAAAAUAUAUUUUAAAAAAACAAACAAAUUUAUCAAUAUGUACAUUAACAUUAAUAUUAUUCACUUUUUUUCAUAUAUACGAUUUAUCAUCUCGUUUUAUAAUACACUUAAUUGAAUUUUUAUAUGUCUUAUUAAUGGAUAGAAGCUUUCUAAAAAUAUAUGAUAUAACAUCAAAUAAAUUUGUUAAUUUACCAAUUCAAUUAAUAUAUAAAGAAAAAGUUACUACUUAUACUCUCCAAAAAAAUACAUUUAAAGAUAGUGAAAUAAAUAUUAUUCCUCAAAAAACAAAACAAGUUAUAUCUGAUACUUAUUCAAAUAAUGAAUAUCUUUUGAAAAAAAAAUCUUAUUAUAAUUAUAAUCAAAAAAUAAUAUCAUAUCCAACUGCUAUACCUUUAUUAGAUAUAAUAAAUUUGUCGAUUAAAAAUUCUGAAUAUUAUAGUUUAAGCUUUUCAUCCCUAUCAAAAGAAAACAAAAAUAAAAAGACAUCUUAUAUAAAUGAUGGUGACAAAUUAAAUCAAUGGAAACGUCUCGAAAUUGAUCAUUUAAGCAAUAUAUCAUAUAAUCCUAGUUAUUUUGAAAGUUGUUCAAAAAAUAGGGAUAAAAAUAAUAAUACGAUAAAAAAAAUAAUAAAAAGAGGAAUACUAUUUGUUAAAAAAAAGGAAUGCACAAAUGAUUUUGUUGAUUAUAAUAAUAUAUCUACAUCUAGUAUGCUUGAGAAGUUUUCUGCCAAUGUUGAAAAAAACGCAGUAAAUCAAAUUGGCGAAGAUUCAAAAAGUGAUAAUAAUGAUAACAAUAAUAAUAGUGAUGAUAAUGAUAAUUGUGCGAAAUCCAAAACUCUUGAAUUAUAUAACAUUGCAGAUAGUAGACAACCCUCUUGCAAUUACACACCAUAUCAUCACAAAUUUUAUCCAAAAUAUGAAAAUAAGCAAAAUAUUCUUAGAAAUCAAAUUAUGAAAUAUACAAAAAAACAAAUAUAUAUACUUAAAUUUUUAACAGAAAUAAUAAAAUAUUAUGAAAAAAUACCAUUUAUUUAUUCUGAUGAAGCAUUAAUGCAAUUCCAAUUAAAAAAUAGCUACAUACACACAAAUGUAAAUGAAAUAUUAAUGUUAAAAUAUUAUGUAAAUAUUGAGGAUGAUCAAAAUAAUGAAUUAUAUCAUAAUAAACAAUUAUUGGAACAAAAAUAUUCUAAACUUUUCUUACAUUUUAAUGAUGAAUUUAAUAAAAUAAUUCAUAAAAUUGAUCAUAUUAAUAAUGAAGAUAAAUUUGGAAAAUAUCAAAAUUUUUUGAAAUAUAUAUAUCAAUAUAUUUAUAAUUAUUAUAUUAACACUUCAUUAAAAUUAAAAAAUAAUUCUUUGAAUAAACAAAAUUAUGAUAAUCCAAAAUCUAUCAAAGAUUAUGUUAAACAAUUUAUGGAUUUAGAAAAUAUUCUCAAAAAAAAAAACGAAACAAAUGCACAAAUUACAAAUAUUUCUUAUUCUGUCACACAAAAUACUAGCACACCCUUUUUUUCUAUAAUAAAUAUAAAUAAUAUGUACAAAAAUAAACAUUUCAAAAAUAAUAUAUAUACGAUCUAUUACAAAAAUAAAGAAAAAAAUGAACAUAAUUUAAUAAACGAUAUAAAUAAAUUGUUAGUAGAUUAUUCUAUUGUUAAAAUAAAAACAUUUACAAAAUAUGUAUUACCUAAAGAAGUUUAUAAUAAUUAUUUUUUUUUUUUUUUAAUCCAAAAUUUACACAUAAAUAAAUGUGUAAAUUAUUUACCUGUCUUGUCAGAAAUAUAUAACUCUUUUUACUUUUUCUAUGAUUUUUUUUAUAAAUAUUGGGAAUCAUUUUAUUUAGAACAACAUGAAAAAUUUGCUACUGAAUUUCAAAUCUCCACAUUUACAAACGAAAGACAUCAAAAAUAUACCAACACAAAUAAUUAUGAAAAAACUGAAGAUCCCAUAAUAUAUGACCUUGAAUUUUUUGACUAUUUUAAUAACUUUCAAAAAAAUAAUAAAAAAAAAGAAAAAUAUAUUUACAUAGAUAAUAUAUAUAACAAUUGGGAUGGCGGAAAAUAUUUAUUAUACAAAUAUAACAAUAAUCGUUACUGCUUACAAGGGAAUAAUAAAGUUGAAAUAUUAAAAAAAAAUGAAAAUGUUUUAACACAAAAAAACAUAUCAACAACACAUAAACCACCUAUUUAUAUGAAAGAAAUGAAAAAAGAAAAAAAAAAAAAUUUGAAAGAUAUUUUUUUUAAUAAAUUGGAUUAUAUACUUAGUUGUAAUAUUGAUUAUUUAAAAAUUUUGGAAGCACUUUAUAAAAAUUGUAUUAAUAAAACUAAUUUAAUUAAAUAUUUAUUAUUUUUAAAUAACGAUUAUUAUUUUACAUAUUUCUUUGAAAAUAAUAUCAAAUUGAUCAAAACUAUUUUUAUACAAUAUUAUCAAAAAGGAUAUAUAAACAAGCAUAUCAUUUUUAAUAAUCAAAAAAUAUCUAUUAAUGUAUCGAAUAAUUUAAUAUAUUUAUAUACUACAUAUUGUAACUUCCCAACAUAUUACCAAUUUUGGAACACUCUUAUUAAAAAUCAGGAAAAUUAUAUUUUUAUUCCCCAACAUAGAUAUUUAUAUAACUACAAAUAUAAUGAAUAUGUCCGUUCUAUUAUUUUUAAAGUAAAUAAAUUAAUACACACAUAUGGUCAAACAUAUCAAAAAAAUAAAAUUAUAAAAAAAAUUCGAACAAGCUAUAAAAAUACACAAAUACGAAUGAGGAAUAAAAAAUAUAAUCCCACAAAAUAUUACCAUUAUAAUUAUUAUUACAAAUAUCAACACAUAUAUAACACCAAUAGACAUAAUAAAUAUUUCCAGAUUAAUAAGAAAAAAAUAUUAUCCUUAGUACCUCCUCUUUUUAUAAACAAAAAAAAAUUAAUAAUAUUAUCAAAUAAACAGUUUUAUGAAACAGUUAUGUGUAAAUGCCAAAAUUAUUUAAAAGGAAAAACAAAAAACAAAAAAAUUGACAAAAAAAAUGGCAAAAAAAAUGGCAAAAAAAAUGACAAAAAAAAUGGACUAUUAGACAAAACAAAAGCCAAUUCACAUCACUCUAUUUAUAUCCUUAAACAAAUAGCAUAUAUUAUAAAAAAUAAUGGAAAAAGUAAAACUAAAGAACUAAAAAAAUUAUUACUAAAUUUACAAACUAAUAAUAAUUCACCAUUUGAUAUAUAUAAUUUUUUUAAAAAAUGGUUAAACAAAAGUGAAAGUUUAUCAAAAAUGUUAAUUGACACAUAUAAUGUCUCCUUAUUUUCCACAUAUAUUAAUUUAUUUUUCGAUGAUAUUUUAUUUUGUUUUUUUAUUGGGAAUUUGUAA